AUGUUAGAAAAAAAUAAUAUAAAUAAUAUAAAUGACAACAACUAUGAAGUAUUAAUUGUAGGUUGGGGUCCAAACGGGUCUUUAAUGGCAAAUCUAUUAGGUCAAAAAGGAAUUAAAACAUUAAUUGUUGAAUCUUCAAAAACAUUUACCCAAGUCCCAAAAGCUGCUCAUUUAGAUGAUGAAGGUUUAAGAAUUUUAAAAAAAGUUGGUUUAGACAAUGAAAUUCUAAAACAAUCAUAUGAACUAAAUGUAAAAUUCAAUCAGUCUUUUGCAAACAAUAGCUUUACUACAAUCCAUCCCGAUACAACAGAAUUAAAUUUCCCAAGAUCAAUUUUUUGGUAUCAACCCCAUUUUGAAAAAUCAAUUAGAGAUGGUUUUCAAAGAUUUAAUUCAGUAGAAAUUCUAACUUAUCAUAAAGUAAUAUCAAUUGAAAAAGAAAAUAUCAAUAAUAUACCAACUAUAAAUGAAUCAUCAUCCUUUUCAUCAUCUUUAUCAUCAUCAUUCUCAUCCUCCUCAUCCUCUUCAUCCUCUUCAUUUUCAACAUCUUCUUCAUGCUCAUCUUCCCCACCAUUAAUAUCAUCUUCCUCAUUAAACAAUAACCCAAUAAAUUCAAUUAAAAUUUUAAAUUUAGAAACAAAUGAAAUUAAAAAUAUUAAAUGUAAAUUUAUUAUCGGUGCAGAUGGUGGUAAUAGCUCAAUUAGAAAGAUGAUGAAAAGCAAACUAGAAGGUACCAGUGGUAAAAUGAGAUGGUUAGUAGUAGAUGCCAAAAUUAACAAAGAUCACCCACCUCUCCCAAGCUAUUUUCAAUUCGUUUGUAACCCAUCAAGACCAUGCCUAUCAUUACCAAUACCUCCAGAUCAUUUCCGUUGGGAAUUUGUCUUAUUUGAUCACGAAGAUUCAAAAGAAAUGGAGUCUUUAGAAACCAUUAACUCAUUAUUAAUUCAACACAUGGCCGAUUUAUCAAAACUAGAAAUUGUUAGAAAAAGUGUUUAUACUUUUCAAAAUAGAAUUGCAAACCAUUGGUAUGACGGUGAUUCGACUCUUUUAAUUGGUGAUGCAUGUCAUAUGAUUCCUCCAUUCUUGGGCCUAGGUGUUUCAAGUGGAUUCAGAGAUUGUCAAAACUUAGCAUGGAAAUUAGAUUUAAUCCUUAGAGGUAUUGUAGGAUCACCAAAAGAAUUACUCUAUACUUUUCAAACUGAAAGGCAACCAAAUAUAGAAAUCAUUACCGAAAAAGCAAACCAAGCUGGUCAAAUUAUAAUGCAAACAAACAAAUACAAAGCAUUCUUUAGAAAUUUACUUUUAAAAUCCCUCUUGUCUGUUCCUCCAAUUGAAAAACUAUUUCAGAAUAAAGCUGGUAUGAAACCACCAAACAUUAUAAAACAGGGUGUUAUCAAUUAUAAAAUCUUAAAUAAUGAAGGUCAUUUUGAUGAAUUAACCAAUCAUUUUCAAAAAAUCAUAGGUACUCAAAUUACUCAACCAUAUGUAAAACUACUAAACAAAACACAAAAUAAUAUCGAUGAAGCAGAAAUAUCAAAUAGUUCACAGAAAAAACUUUUAGAUGAAUUUUUAGGAAUUAAUUUUUCAAUUUUAUUUUUAAAUUUUGAACAACAAAAACAUGAAAAGCUAAUAAACAAUUUAAUAAACAACAAAUUAUUAAGUGAAGAACUAAUGUUUAAUUUUAUAAAUGUUAUUGGUCAUAAUCAACAUUCAAAUCAAUUCUUUAAUCAGCAAAGUGAAUCAUUCAUACAAAUUAAAGAUAACUCAACAGAAUCAAUUUUUAAAUUCCUAUUUAACAAAUUAAGUAAUAAUCAACUGCCCCCAACAAUAAUAAUUAUUAGACCAGAUAAACAUAUAUUUAGUAUUUAUAACAAUGACAAUUUAAAAUAUUCAACAAUUAUAUCAACAUUAAAAAAUUCAUUAUAUAUUAAUUAA